UAUAAUAUAAUUUUUUCCAAAUAAUUUGUCUUAAUAGUUUAUACAAAAUAGGCCACUUUAAUGUCUUACUUAAAUGCUUUUUCUUUACCUACUUUUCAUAAAAAAUAUUUUAGGUAGAUGAUUUAAAGAAGAAUGAAAAAUUGUAAAAUCAAUUUUUGAAAAAAAUUAAUUGUUUAUAGUCACAUAUAAUAAAGGCUAUUGUCACUUUUUUUAAAUAGUAUUAUAAUGUCAAUAGUAAAUAUUAAUGUUUCUUCGAUUAAAUUGAUUUUAUUAUUAUUUGUUCCUCUUUAGAUAAUAUAACUUUAGUCUGAAACAUUUUUUUGAAAGAGGUAAAUGAGAAAAAGAAAUAUUUAAGUAGACACAUUAAAAUGUCUAUCCUGUAUAUUAUUCUUCCUCUUGUAACUUAAAAUCACAAUUUUUCAGAAAACUAUGAUCGGGGAAUGAAAAUGCUCGUAAAAAUUGCAAAAAAUCCUAAUGCUGUAUUAUAUUCAGAUGUUGAAGAAAAAGAAAAAGGGAAACGAUUAAAAAGGCCAAUCAAAUAUUUUGACGAUGAUGCCAACAAGGAAAAUAAACUUGAGAAAAAACGGAGUACGAUGCUGUCUGCACUGUUACCAAUUCCAAAAUUGACGAAUGUGAGCAAGUCGGCACAGUCAAGUCAACCGUUAUUAGAAAAAGAGGUAAAUGUUCCUCGUGAAACAUUGAGUAACAAUUAUAUGGAAUGUAGGGGAGUAAAACGCCGAAACGAUAUAUAUUUCCUGUUCUACUGAAAGACAGUAUAAAUCGGCAACAAUUACUUCGGACGAAACUCAACAUUUUUCUUUAAACGCCAAAAGAUGUAAAGUUUCCCAAAUGAAUCAUGUAUGUGCUUACAAUUCAAAAGGAAUAGUCACAUUGGAGUCUCUUGCAGAUGCACUUUGUCAUCUUAGUGCUGAACUGUCAUCAUGUAAAUUGUUCUUGCGCAAGACGGAUAAAAAUAUGGAAAGUUUUUUGAAAACAGAAUUGAUGAAAAAAUCUGAAACUGAAAAUGUAAAUCCUUCUAAAAGUUCUUCUACACAUAUUUUGAACGAAUUUCCAAUAACAAACCUGGACGCUCUAAAGACAGUUGAACGCAAACUAAAAAAAGAUAAAACUUUUUAUUCAACAAUGGUCGAAGCUCUACAUUUAGAAAUUAAGGGAGAAUCUCUUCAAAAAACGAUAAAUUCCAUGCUCCGGAUUGUUUUGCAUGAUAAACUAGCAAGCAUUUUUAAUUGGAAAGGUCAACGUGGAACUAAAAUGAAGUUAUCAAAACGCCGAAUAGCCAAGUUAAUGAUCGAAGCAGUGACUAAGGAAUUUCCAACAAUAAAUGAAACAAUAUUUGGUAGAAAAGCAGGAGCAUGGUUGGCUCAAGCUACCUUUCGUGCAAGAAAACACAGCAAUAUCAAUGACGAAGCUUGUCCAGACGACAACGAUUAUAGCUCAUCUGAGAGCCUUAUCAGCGUGAAUAAUGAUGAGGACAGUGAAGAUGAGAAGUAAAAGAAAGACGAAGAGAAAAAUCUUCCAUAAAGGUAAAUAUUUGAUCGGCGAUAGUAUUUUCAUCUAGCC